AUGCGCUACGACCCCCUACUCCUCACUCUUGGCUGCGCCUUCUUUCAUGCCAGCCAUGCAUUCGAGUUUACUGGCCCUGACUCGUCUCAGAAACUUGACCUGACUCAACCUAUCACAAUCACGUGGGAUGCCAACAAUGGGCCUUUCAACGAACCAAAGGCUCGCGCACUCGAUCUCUGGUUCUAUGCCCUCACCAGCGACAUCAGUGGCCGGCUUGGCUGGGAACUUGCCACCAAUCUCUCGCUCUCUGCAGGAUCCUUCAAGUGGAACCCUGAAACAGUCGUCAAAAGCCUCAAAGAUAGCGAUGUCUCGAUCUCAGCAGACGCGGUGCACGCCUUUGAAGCUAGGCUGCUGAAUAAUUCUGGUAGUCAAUUAUCAUCAGUCGAGAGUGAUGUGUACGCCGUUGAAGGCUUUGAUUUUAUCCGAAAUAGUGCUGGCAAGGGUGCGCAAGUCGGGUUUUACACAGCUGCUGUCGCCUUUACUGUGGCAUGCUUGGUGCAUCUCUGA